AUGGUGUGCUCCAGAGAAGGGGAGCGUAGUGUGAGUAAGGACGGUAGUGGUAGUGAAAAUGAAAUUGAUUAUGAAUCGGAUGAGGAGAUCCUUGUUGAUAACGUGAAGGGGAAAAAGGACAAGCGUUUGCGCCUGUCCAUGGCAGAUGAGGUUGAUAAUGGUUUAUGUUUGUUCAAGAGGCUCCGUAAGCGGUCACACAAGUCAUGUCGUUUGUCUCGCUGCAAUUGUCCGGCUUCAAUUACCUUUAGAAAAGAUAGAACAUGUACAUUCUUCUAUGUUUCUCAGUUCAUAACCAAGCACAAUCACCCUCUCACUAGAAGGAAACACAAGCAUUUUGUGAGGUCAAACCGAGCAGUUAAAGAUCAUGACAUUGCUCAAGUGAUGUCUCUUCGGAAUGUAUCUGUUGGAACUGCGCGUGCUUACGAAUAUCUCGUGCAUCAAGCUAGAGGGCAUGAAUUUGUUGGGUUCACUGAAAGGGACUUGUAUAACAGAGUUCAGCGGGAGCACUCGAAGCUUAUAAUGGACGGUGACGCCCAAGCAUCAAUUACUUGGAUGAAAUUAAAAGCCAUCAGGGACCCUAAUUUCUUCUGUAUAUUCAGUGUUGAUGAUACUGGGAGGCUGGCCAAUAUGUUUUGGCGCGACGGACAAUCGUAUGAUGACUACUGCACCUUUGGUGAUGUACUCAUAUUUGACAGUACCUAUAAAACCAACAUUUAUGAUAAGUCUCUAGCUGUGUUCGUUGGAACUAACAACCAUAGAGCCACAGUCAUAUUUGGUUGUGCACUUCUGGCGGACGAAAUUGAAGAGACAUACGAUUGGGUGUUGACAGCUUUUCUGAAGUCUAUGAAUGGCCAAAAACCAUCCUCUGUUAUCACCGACAGUGAUGAAGCAAUGAGGAAUGCAGUGGUGAAUGUAAUUCCGGAGGUGAAAUACCGACUCUGUGCAUGGCAUGUUGGAAGGAAUGUCAAAUCUUACCUUAAGGAUGUGGAUAUGAAAAGAGAUUUCUUCCACCUUAUAUUUGCAGGUUUCACACCUGCCGAAUGGGAGGUUUCUUGGCAGUACUUUGUUGCUAUGAACAAUUUAGAAGACAACAGCUGGAUUAAUGGAAUGUAUGAGAAAAAAGACAGGUGGGCCGAGGCAUUUUUCAGAGAAGUAUUUUUUGGUGGUAUUUACAGCACACAAAGGUGUGAGGGGAUGCACAAAAAUAUGAAAAUUGGGCUGGGCAGUUGUAUGAGGUUGUAUGAGUUGUUGCCUCGGUUUGAGAAAACUGCAUGUCAUAUAAGAAACGGUGCCCUUUAUGAUGAUUAUAGGUCUGAUAAGUUUUCAGCUGAGUGUAAAUCGCACAUCCGAGAUAUGGAAGAAGACAGUUGUAUAUUCAGUGUUGAUGAUCCCUUAUUAGCAGGAAUACAUCAUGAGUAA